AUGACUUCACCAGCGUGGGGAUUGCUCUGUUUCAUUGGCCUCAUGGCGUCGGGGGCUCUGGGAACUUUCCCGCAGUUUGGCUCAUACAGCCGGAAGAUUCACUCGAGUCCUUCAGCUCCACGAGUCUCUCCGAGGGUCCAUCAGCGCUCUGAAGACAUCUCUGACGAUGCACCAGGGGCUGAUACCUUCCAAGAGGUGCAGCUGGGUGACUCCACACCCCGGGGCUCACAGCAACAGCAGGGGGUCGAACAAGGUGCCAACAACCACCUGACGCAGGAGAGACGGGCAGCUGACAGCGGAGCUGGCGGCACUAAUUCCAGGUUUCAUCGCUAUCAGCCCUCCCAUCACCAGCCGCCAAAGAAAAGCCAGCUGCUCUCACAGCCGCAAAACAAUGCUGCACCGUUUGUGUCUUGGCAGCCUGCUCGAGACUCCAGUGGCUCUCCUGCAUCCAUCAGAGCUGUCACAGCAACAAGGUCCAACUGCAGAAAUCGCCCUAUAGACUUGGUCUUCAUCAUAGACAGCUCCCGUAGUGUGCGCCCUGCUGAGUUUGAGAAGGCCAAGGAGUUCCUGCAAGACAUGGUGGACAGCUUGGAGAUCGGCUCAGACGCCACACGAGUCGGCCUUGUCAAUUACGCCAGCACAGUGCAGAUUGAGUUUCUAUUGAAGACGUAUUUUCACAAGUCGGCCCUGAAGCAGGCACUGGCUCGUGUUGAGCCCCUCGCUUCAGGCACCAUGACAGGCAUGGCCAUCAAGACUGCCAUGGAGAAAGCUUUCACCGCGGAGGCCGGGGCCCGAGCUAGCUCCGUGAAUAUUGCCAAAGUAGCCAUCAUAGUGACAGACGGGAGGCCCCAGGAUAAGGUAGAGGACGUAUCAGCAGCAGCUCGGGCAUCUGGGAUCGAGAUCUACGCAGUGGGAGUGGACAGAGCUGAUAUGAUGUCCCUCCGCCUCAUGGCCAGCCACCCACAUGAUGACCAUGUCUUCUAUGUGGAGACCUAUGGUGUCAUAGAGAAGCUGACUUCCAAAUUUAGGGAAACCUUGUGUGGUUUGGAUGCAUGUGCUCAGGGACACAAUUGCCAGCACAUUUGUGUCAACAGUGGCAACUCGUACAACUGCAAGUGUCGCGCAGGCUUUGUCUUGAACCCGGACAAGAAAACAUGCUCACGCUCAGAUACAUGUGCUCUGGGACAUGACUGCCAACAUAUUUGUGUCAGCAACGAUGACUCGUACACCUGCAAAUGUCAAGACGGAUAUGUGUUGAAUGCAGACCAGAAAACAUGCUCACGUUCAGGUUCGGAUGCUUGUGCCCAGGGACAUGACUGCCAUCACAUUUGCGUCAACAAUGGGAACUCUUACAUCUGCAAGUGUCGAGUAGGAUACACGUUGAACAUGGAUCAGAAAACGUGCUCACGUUCAGAUGCCUGUGCUCAGAGACAUGACUGCCAGCAUAUAUGUAUCAACAAUGGUGACUCAUACAACUGCCAGUGUCGAGUGGGAUAUGUGUUGAAUGCAGACCAGAAGACAUGUUCACAGGAAAUGAGAAGUGAAAUUACUCAAGAUGCCUGCAUGUGUGAAGCUCAGAUUGUGUUCCAGAAAAAAGUGCAGUCAACCAUUCAGGAGCUGAGCAGAAAACUUGACGAGCUUUCAGACAAAGUGAACCUGAUUGAGGGCCAACAGCAGUAUUAAGAACAGCGAUGAAGAUGUCAGAUGACAAGUUCAGGACUAGCAGUGUAUUCAAUGUUUCUGACCGGCCGAAGUCAUCUGUAACCAUGUAAAGAUUCUUAAUAUGUCAAUAAAAAUGUCUCUGAUUUGGUAGAUGUCUGCAUGGUAUUGCCUUCUCGUGCAGUGUAUUGUUAGCAUUACUGUUUUGUAUUGUAAACCUGCAUUUUGCAUUCACAACACUGUCUGUUAUUACUUCUUACAGUAAAAUCAGGUAUAACUGGUGUAAAUGUUUACAUAUACCUGUUUAUUUGUUAGAAAUGCCAGAUUUCCUCCUUACAGUUAAGCCAUUGAGUAAAGUCUCAAACUAUGUUGUACUAUGUAAAAUAAUUAGGGAAGUAGAUAGAGGUGCAGACCAAAACAAAUUAAAAAUUGUUAAACAUGUGAAAGUUUACUUUCAUAAUGUUUUUUUUUGUUUGUUUGUUUUGGUGGAGACAGUGUUGUACAACAUCCUUGUUUUGUAUUUACUGCUCUGAGAGCACUUCUUGGUCGGUGUUCUUGUGUUCUUGAUAGAACACAAAGCCUCCAUCCACAACCAUAACACGACAACUAAUCUCUUAUACAAUACAAUCAUUGUUGUUGACCCUCUGAUUGCAGCACUAUUAUGCAGAGAAAAGACCAAAAUAAAGCCUGAUCCAGUUGGCCCAGGGCAGUGUUAUAUCACAAUGAAUUACUCAAAUCUUUUCCUUUGAUACCUGAAAUAUUUCAACAACUGGAUUGCACAGCAUUGAUUGGUGAUUACUGUUUGAUUUGUAACAGGGGGGGGGGCUGUUGAGGCAGUUCAAGGGUAAUUUGACUGCUUCAUACUUUGCACACUAGGUAAAUCUUGGACCAAAGUCCUGGCCAUUGAAGACUAUUUUCAAUGCACAAUGCAAGUUUUGAAACUGUUAGAUUUUAAGUUCAGAUCUGAAACCAGUCAAAAAAGUAUUUCACAGUACAGAUUUUUUGUCAUACAAUCAGACAUGCGCUGUGUUUUCUCCUUUGUCAUUGCCAUGGGACACUCGUGAAGCAAAGUGAACGGAGUAUCUGUGGUGUAGGGCUCUUUGUGUAAACUGACAGUUCUGUGCUUGACAUAUUCUGGUGCUUUUGUGAUGAAAAAAAUAACUUGUCUGUAUAUUUUCUAUUGGGAGCAGUGUUGCACAUUAAAUGAAAAAUAAAUAUUCUGAAACAAU